UUUAAUAUCUUUUCAACAGAAAUUUGAAUUACAAUUAAUUAAAAAUGUUAUUGAAACGAACGAAGCAAGUUUUAUGCGCAAUUUUUGGCUUACUUUCGUUGUCUUUGACGUUAUAUACUGUUGUGAAAUUCGUCUUAUUUACAUCGAAGCCGACUCAACAAAAAUACCGAAGUGGGAAAUCUCAAGAAUUAAAAGUCGCUGUUCGUCUUUUGCUUAAAAACACAAUAUGGCUUGUGGUGUUUAUUCUUCAGCAUAGCUUUCAAAAGCAUGAAAAUGUCAAGAAGUUAUGGAAGAAAAUUGGUCUUGAGAGUAUCGAGCGUGCGGCUUACAAUUUUUUCUCAUCGUUCAUUUUGUUGCAAUUGGUGCAAAACUGGACGUUUGUUGAGAAGUGGACAUUAUGGAAUAUUUCAGCUCCAGUUCAUUCACCGAUUUGGUGGAUUCUCGUAAUCACCCACUCAAUUUUUUGGAUGAUUAUUGGAUGUGGAAGUCUGCUUAUGGACUUGCCUGAAAUCGUUGGUAUCAAGCAGAUUUAUUACGACAUCCAAGGUUUAAAUGAACCAUUAACAUACAAAGCUCGAAGCUUGAAUCAUUUGCUAUCAAACAUUCGCCAUCCAUCAUUCAUUGGAUUCUCUUUGAUAUUCUGGUUAACAAAUUUAAUGAGCUUGGAUCGCUUCAUAUUGUCAUUAAUGUUCACAUGCUACAUGUUUGUUGCCUGGAGCCCCGAUCGUACCGAUUAUGGUUAUCAGAGACAGCAAUUUCAACUGAAGAAACUUGAACUGAGCUACGAUUUGAAGCAGAAAUAAGGAAACUUCAAGACACACUUAACAUUACUAACUUUUUCUGAUGAUUCUCGAUUAUCUUAAUGAAUUGACAAUCUUUUUGUUUCUCUUCUCAAGUAGUAAAAGAUAAUAAAAUAAUCAAAAAAAUUCUCUAAUCUUUUC